GAUAGAUAGAGAGGGGAGAAGAGAAGAGAUUUUUAAAAAAAUAAAAGGAAGAAAGACAGCGAGGGUGGGAGGGAGAGAGAGAAAUAGAAAAAAAAAAGAAAGAUGUCAUCCUCUCGUUUGAAAAGCCGAGGCGAAGCUUUGGAUUGCGGCGGAUCAGGGACUCUCUAGCUAGGGACACGAUUUUACGCAACACCGCGGCUUUGGAAUCCACCACCGCUUUGGCCUCUCGAAGCUAUCGAAAUAAAUUACUCUUCCUACACGCAUUCAUAAACAACUGCUGACUUAUUAUUAUUACUUUUUAUAUUUUUUCGUUAUUUGUAAUAACCUAAUUUUGCAUGAAUUUGAGAAUAGGUUUUUUUCUUAGGCUAUAAUAUAAAUAUACAAUGUAAAUUGCAUUGUAAAUGCAUCAUUAGAAGCAUGCAUCAACCAUUUUGUCGCAUUUUAGUUAUAAUAUAAUGUUGCAUCCUUUCGUCCCACACCAUAUAACAACAUUUUAGUCUAACAUUAUCAUUACUGUCAUAUAUUAUUGUCAUAUAACUGAUAGCCUUUCAAAAUUGAUCAUUCAUCUUCAAUAAUAAUUUAUGUUAUUGAAUGCACCACGAUUUAAACUUUCACACAGAAAUAUUCACCUUUGAUAUUUUAAACUGCAGAGAGGAACUAGGUAUGCUACAGACAUUACAGCAGGUGGAGUGAUUCAUCAGUUGGCCCCAGCCUAUGGUUGGUUGGCCCCCAGAGUCUCAGGCGGAUAUAUAUUUCUACAGUUUUGACUCCUGGCCUAAAAGUAUCUGACAUCAUCUUGCUUCAAAAUGGAUUCUUCUUGGAGUAAUUUUCUGUUUCAGGUAAGUUUGUGUGUGUGUGUGUUUGUCAGAGAAAUAAAGAUACAAAUGGUGUUUAGUGUCUCACUCAUCAGAGUGCUAUGGAUGCUGAAGUGAAUGCACUUGGGAUCCUGGGAUCAUACACAUGCUUCUUAUGUUUGUGAUGUCAUAUAAGUCUUAAGCUGACAGUUUGCCAACUAUGCCCCUUACAGAUUUGUUGUAGUACUGCUUAUGAGGACAAGAGUGAGAGCUUGUGUGUGUGUUGACUGGGGUCAAAGGUGGCAUGAUCCCCCAUUGAUGUGUAUUUCAAGUCCUCAGCAGCUAAUUCUUGCUUUCAUUUCCCCAGACUCCGCCCUCACAGAACCAGUCUGAGACAGCCCUCCAAUCAGAGCUGCUUCCGGACAUGACUGGCUCCGCCCAGAGCCCCCCUACAGAGCACAUAGCCCCGCCCCCAUCCACAGUGGACACAGCUGCCCUGAAUGAAGAGCCUUUACCUGGUGAGCAUGCAGGUCUUAUGUCCCAAAAGGUACCCUUUUCCUUAUAUAGUACACUACUUUUGACCAGCAGCCAUACAGCUCUGGUCAAAAGUAGUGCACUGAGUAUGGAAUAGGGUGACGGGUGCCAUUUGAGACGCAGCCAGGAUCAGGUACAAUUUACUUAAUUGAUCAAUUCUAAAUAGUCUAUAAUAAUAAUAUUAGAAUAAUAAUAUAUGCCAUUUAUAAGACACUUUUAACCAAAGUGACAUAAAUACAUUUUUGUAUGCGUGGUCCCAGCGGAAAUCGAAUCCUGGCAUUGCAAGCGCCAUGCUCUACUGACUGAGCCACAGAGGACCACUAUGUUUAUUCAAUAUUAUUCAAAUUCAAUAAACACAUAUGGAAUCCCAAAUAAACUACUGGAUAGGAGGGGGGUGGAGGGGCAGAGAGAAGUUUUCUUGUUGUCAAGAGUAACAGCUGCUGCAGACUAAGUGGAAGCACCUUGAUGUCCUCUCUUUACAUAUCAAAGCUGAAAACACACACACACAAUCCAAUAUCUAUUCAGCCCCACCCUGAACCAUGGGAUUUCUUACCUCAGGAAACAAUGUCCUUUUCACACUCCCUGUGUCUGUUGCAUAUGUUUGUGACAGACAGAGAGGGAGAGAGGGGUGGGGAGAGAGGGAGAGGAGGACUAAAGAGAGGUUGUGAGAGAGAUAAAAAGACAAAGAAAUGUAAUUGAAAAAUAAUGAGUGAAUCGUCUACAUCUGUGAUGGUGAGAGCUGUGCAACAAUGCUACAUCAUAGUUUCUGCCCAGCUAGCACAUAACCUGGCGGGGGGUCUGGGGGUCCUCCCCCAUAUUUUGGGGGGGCAUCUAAAGCUAAUUUGCUGCAUUUCAACACACUCCAAUAUGACCCAUGGCGCUUCUAGACGUCUCUAUUUAGAACAACAAAAAGUAAGCAAAAAUGCCCCCAGUCAUCAAGCUAGGUAAGAGAUCAUUGUUAAAUAUGUUUAAGUGAACUAGAUCAAAGGUAAUUAAAUAAUCAAUAUUGUGUUGCACCUUUAAUCAACAAGUACAAAGACUUUUGAUUGUCUUUAUUAAGACAUCCUCUAUAUCAAAUUUCAGCCAGACCGCCCAGCCAGCCCGAGCCACCUGCACGCCUGACCCCCACCAGUGUAGUCAAUACCUCAACUCUCUCCCAAAACAAUUUUUUCCUCACUUUUCUUUUUCUUCCCAAGGGAAAGGUUUGAAAAAACAACAACAAAAAACACACAUACAACUACACAUUAACACACAAAAACAGCACAUCAUCCAUAUAAUUCAUCUCAUAGGCCUAAUAGUACUGUAGAGCUUUUUUUACUUGCACACAAUAUAGCUGGGUCACCCUGUCCUGUCCCUAGAGUUCCACCACCCUGCAGCGCCCCAACCCAACACACCCCACUCAGCUUUAGGAUCUUAGUGAAACAUUCAUUAUUGGUUUUGGGUGUGUUAUGCCAAGGCCAGAUUGACAACCCACAGGACGGUAGACCCCCAGGGCCAGGACUGAGCAGCCCAGCAGCUAGGGAUUGCCUAAAUAGGUAUCUAUGUUUUAAAUACAGACUCCUUUUGUCAUACUGCAUUCCAUAUAAGGCAUGCAGACCUUAUGAAAGUUGUCCAGUAUUCCCUUAAUCUUGUAAUAAAUUAAAUCUAGUGAUACAUAACUGCCAUCGAUUGUGCUCUGGCAGCCCAAUGGUGGAACAAGCUCCCCCAUGACGCCAGGACAGCGGAGUCACUGACCACCUUCCGGAGACACUUGAAACCCUACCACUUUAAGGAAUACCUGGAAUAGUAUAAAGUAAUCCUUCUUCCCCCACCCCCCAUAAAAAUAAAAAAGUGCUAUCAUAAGUUGAAUGCACCAAUUUGUAAGUCACUCUGGAUAAGAGCGUCUGCUAAAUGAUAACCAACCUUCCAAUUAAUGGCAAUGCAUUUCUUAGAUGCUUAGUUACAUUUGACAUUUUAGUCAUUUAGCAGACGCUCUUAUCCAGAGCGACUUACAGUUAGUGAGUGCAUACAUUUUUCAUACUGGCCCCCCGUGGAAAACGAACCCACAACCCUGGCGUUGUAAGCGCCAUGCUCUACCAACUGAGCUACACAGUUUCAUUUGAUAACAGUCUCCAGUAUCAACAUUUACAAGCAAAUAAAAACAAGGAGAAGGGAUAAUCUGUACACAUGCUGAGAUAAAAGACAUACUCUGCCAGAGUUCAGCCACAAGACCAUAACAUAUUCAAAUAUGUCCCCUUUUGUAUUUUACACAUUCAGCAAAGGAAUAACAUUUCUGAGUGCAUGUUAUUCAGUUACACUGGCAUAUAGUAUGUUCUAUGGGUGGUCUUAAACUGCAGUAAUUUAUGUCUAAAAUUAAAUUAACAUGUAUGGGCAUUCAAACAGAUCUGUAUCCAUUCAUCAUAAUCAAUAUCUUCUACCAGGUCUUCCUCACAUUUUUGUUUUACAUGUUUUGUGUCAUCGGGAAAAGCCUCUAUCAACCCUUGUUACAGUUUGGAAAUCAACUUUGGAGGUUUGUCAGACUGCCUUAAAAUAGUUUCAAUCUUUGAAGCAUCGGGCUUGUCCAGUGUUUGCUGCACAGAGAUAAAUUCACCUCGGCUCCGUCACAGACUGGUCUUCCCUUCCCACUAUCUGAUCCUCCUAAGAUGAGGCAUGACAAAGAAUUACCUUGGUGUAUAUUUAUACAUUAUAUUAUCCAAGAAUAGAAUCAAUGGUUCAAUAAUUGAAAUGACCAUUAUUCCCAGAUCCCAGACUGUAACCUUAAUCAUAAGAUGCUGUCCUGUAGCUACUGUAGGUCUACCUAUCAACUCAAGAUGGAACUUUGUAUAAUUCACUGAUAUUGCUAAUAUACUGCAAAAUUCACCGGAGCUCCGUAGACUGGUCUUCCCUGGCUGUCUGACCCUACUGGGACACCUGUCACCAUCUGAUCCUGCUAAGACAUGAUCAUAGUGUUGUGUACUGAUGGUGCACCAUGAUAGUGAAGCCUGUAGAGCUCUUUAUUACUCUGUCAGUUUUAAAAGUAGAGAAUUAGCUAGGGAAACUGACAAAUCAAUAACAUUACAUUGCUGUACUGACUCAAAUAAAAACUCACAUUCCACAAAUAAAACGUCAGAAUUAUCGGUCUUCAAACAUUUGGCCGCUGGUUUCAUCGUUUGAUUCAGGUCUUAUGUGAAUGAGGCAUAAAUAAUACCUACUUUUGGCCAGCUCUCUCUCUCUGAUGGUACAUCAACUGGCGAAAGCUAGCUAAGUUCAUUUACUUCUGUUGAAACAGGACAAAAAGGCUACAAACAUUUCCAUACAAUCAGCUGUUAGAUAGUAAUAAUAGCCACCUCAUAUCGCUAUCUGACAGAUAGCUACAGGCUAGAGCUGAACUGACUGUGGUAGCAACUAGCUAGCUAAUUCGCUCACCUCAGUCUAGAGGGGAUAAAACAUUAGCUAACGUUAUAUGUCAGUUACACUACUAGCUCAGCACUGGGAAUAAACACUAGUUUAGAUUUUUUUCUGUUAAGUCAAACAGCAGUUACUUUGAAAAGCUAUAUCAGUCAACUAAAGAGUAGCCAGUUUCUGCUCUGCUUGCUUUUACAACUCGGAGAAAGAACUCAACACAUACACACUGAGAGCAGCUGCCUCUGUUCAACUCUCCUGUGCUGGUCCUGCCAGCCUUUCAGAAGCUUUGCCUUCACACAGCCUGUCUGCCCGCUCUCUGGUGUGCGCGUGGUCCUAAAUCCAGCUGUCUGAAACCUCCAAACAGCCUAACUGACCACUCUAAGGCGUCCGCAUGGUCCUAAACUACACCAACGCCGUUUUUGGUAUCACAGUGCAACGAUAAAACUGGGGGGGGGGACAAAAAUGCAAUUUCAGAAUGUGGGGGGGGGGGGGUCAUGCCCCUGACUUUAACAGAACGUUUACUAAAAGUUCCAACAUAGUUACAUUUAAUUACAAAUUUGGUAAUGUUCUAGGAACGUUCUCCAACUGGUUUGACAUUGACCAUUUUUUAGUACUUCAGUACUUCUGCAUAACGUUUCCUACAGGUUUCCUUAUGGUUCUAUUUAAAGUCAUUUUCUCAAAUUGUUCCUAGAAUGUUAAGAAAACUUUCCAUAAAAAACAUAAGAAAACUUUAGUAACGUUCAGAGAACGUUCUAAGAAUGUUAUUUAAAAACAUAUACAUUCCGUUCUCAGCAUCAAUAAAACUCUCUCUAUCCUCAAUCUUAUUAAAUGUGUUCUAGGUGUGUUGGCUGCACCCACCAAUUGGCCACACCUGAUCUUAAUGAGUGCUUGUUUCCUUUUAAAUGAGGUCUGUUUGAGUAGACUAAAAAUGUGUAGAAAAAUUGGCAUUUUAGGUCCAUCCUGGUGGCGCAGUAGACUAAUUCUAUAGAUAAAGAACAGAAGAUCAUAGGUUCGAACCUCACUGACACUGUGCCACAAUCAAAAAUAAAUGUGUUUGCGUAAUUAUUGCCUAAGCAACUUUACUUCCAUUUGUCCUAUCUGUGCUUCGAUUUCAAAACAGUUAACCCAAACUAAGUUAGCAGUGUUAUUAAAAGUUUUAUUAAAACAUGUUCUCAGAACGUUAUUUAAUUACCAUCAAAUUACCUAUAAUUUCCCUUCUCAGAACGUUAAUAAAACCUUCCAGGAAAACCUUCAGGUAACCAUAGUAAAAUGUUCUCAGAACCUCCUUGCAAUGUACAUUUUCACUUCUGUUCUCAGAACAUUUAAAAAGCUUUCCAUUUUGAAUGUCAGGAAACUUAUGUCUUCAUUCCCAGAACCAAUGGGAAACCAAAAACCUAUGUUCCCACAACUUCCAAGGAAUCAAAUGUGCUAGCUGAGUGGUCAUUCAUCAGACGCUUUCAUCCUAAACAACUUACUGUAUACAAAUGUAGAGGGGCCCAAUAGGUUACUUAUUCAGUAUGUGGGGCCCAUGUAGGAAUCCAACCCACAAACUCUACCCUUAGUUCCCUUUCAGGAGUUACCUUAUCGCACACUUUUGUGUUUCUUCUUUCCCUUUCCCCUCUCUCUUUCCUCUCUCUUUCUUUUCCCUUUCUCCUUUAGUGAAGGCCGUCUCCAAGCCUGGCCGGCCGACACACAUCUGCGACACAUGUAACAAGCAGUUUAAGAACAACUACAACCUCCGGCGCCAUCAGUCGGUGCACACUGGCAUCAAAAUGAAGGACAGAGCAACCAUAGAGAGGGAGGAUGGGAGCAAGGGAGGAGGAGGAGGAGGACGGCAAACAAUCCCUCUCUCCCUCCUCCACUUCUCUCUGCCCUUUCAUCCUCCUCCCGCAGAAUCCCUCCCCCAACCCUCCCCACUUGGAAACCAGGAGGGCCAACCUGUUGCGGUGUCCAUCGCCCCAGCGACCGUCACCAUGGCUGUGCCCCAGGUGCUCCAAGCUGCAGUUGUGGUUUCCGGGACAAUGGUACAGGUUGGUUGGUGCCUGUUUUGUCAUUAUUAUUGAAGAAUCAUUUGCUGCUCCCUUUGCCGUUCUCUCUCUCCUCGCCUACAUUAUUUCGCAAUGUAGCCAGAGUAGCUAUACUGACUCCAAAGCCAGCACCAGCCAACUGUCCCUUCCUUCUCAUCAAACCUAGAGCCAGAACCCGGGGCCUCAACCCAACCCCAACCCGAGUCCCAACCAGGUGAGGAAGAACCAUGCGUGUGAGGCCUGUGGGAAGGCCUUCCGAGACGUGUACCACCUGAACCGCCACCGGCUUUCCCACUCGGACGAGAAGCCCUACCACUGCCCCAUCUGCCAGCAGCGCUUCAAGAGGAAAGACCGCAUGAGCUACCAUGUACGCUCACACCAGGGAGGGGUGGAGAAACCUUACGUCUGCCCCCACUGCGCCAAGGGCUUCUCACGGUGAGAAGGGGGAUGACUGGGGGGUAUACACACAUGCACAUAUAUGUACAUGCACACAUGAUCUCUGUAGUGCAAGGGUAGCACUAUCGACGAGAAAUGACCAAUAUGACACGCGCGGGGUCUUAAUCCCUUCUCCUGUCUGUUCCAGACCCGACCACCUCAACAGUCACGUCAGACAGGUGCACUCAACUGAGAGACCCUUCAAGUGCCCGGUAAUCCUCUUCUUUCUAACUCACUUUAACUCUUUCGCUCUCUCUUUUUCUACUCUCUGCAUGUCUUUUUGACCCCCACGAUGAAUCUGUCUCGGUCCAUUCGUCUGUUAGUUAAUAAGUCACACGCAAUAUCUCAGAUGGGUCUUGCCAUAAAGAUCAGUGAUUUACACAAUUACACUGAUUGGCCAGAUGGUGGCACUAUAACAAGCGAUUAAAAUGCUAACUUUGAAAGGUCACGCCCCUCAACCCGUUUGACCUGAAGUCAUGAAGUUCGGUACAUACAGUACCAGUCAAAAGUUUGGACACACCUACUCAUUCCAGGGGUUUUCUUUAUUUUUACUAUUUUCUACAUUGUAGAAUAAUAGUGAAGACAUCAAAACUAUGAAAUAACACAUAUGGAAAUAGGUAGUAACCAAAAAAGUGUUAAACAAAUCAACAUAUAUUUUAUAUUUGAGAUUCUUCAAAGUAGCCACCCUUUGCCUUGAUGACAGCUUUGCACACUCUUGACAUUCUCUCAACCAGCUUCAUGAUGUAGUCACCUGGAAUGUAUUUCAAUUAACAGGUGUGCCUUGUUAAAAGUUAAUUUGUGGAAUUUCUUUCCUUAAUGCGUUUGAGCCAAUCAGUUGUGUUGUGACAAGGUAGGGUUGGUAUACAGAAGAUAGCCCUAUUUGGUAAAAGACCAAGUCCAUAUUAUGGCAAGAACAGCUCAAAUCAGCAAAGAGAAACGACAGUCCAUCAUUACUUUAAGACAUGAAGGUCAGUCAAUACAGAACAUUUCAAGAACUUUGAAAGUUUCUUCAAGCGCAGUCGCAAAAACCAUCAAGCGUUAUGAUGAAACUGGCUCUCAUGAGGACCGCCACAGGAAAGGUAGACCCAGAGUUACCUCUGCUGCAGAGGAUACGUUCAUUAGAGUUACCAGCCUCAGAAAUUGCAGCCCAAAUAAAUGCUUCACAGAGUUCAAGUAACAGACACAUCUCAACAUCAACAAUUGAGAUGGUUUGGGAUGAGUUGGACCGCAGAGUGAAGAAAAAGCAACCAACAAGUGCUCAGCAUAUGUGGGAACUCCUUCAAGAAGCAUUCCAGGUGAAGCUGGUUGAGAGAAUGCCAAGAAUGUGCAAAGCUGUCAUCAAGGCAAAGGGUGGCUACUUUUAAGAAUCUAAAAUCUAAAAUAUAUUUUGAUUUGUUUAACACUUUUUUGGUUAAUACAUGUUUCCAUAUGUGUUAUUUCAUAGUUUUGAUGUCUUCACUAUUAUUCUACAAUGUAGAAAAUAGUAAAAAAUUAAGAAAAACCCUUGAAUGAGUAGGUGUGUCCAAACUUUUGACUGGUACUGUAGGUCCCUCCUCACAAGGAACAGAUUUGCCUCAGGGACCCAUAAGGUCAGCCAUGAUGGAUUUUCUGCCAUUUUGGAUUUUGUGAAAAACACUUACUCCUCUGGCACCUAAUGACCGAUCUGCACGAAACUGCAUCAUUCGUGGGAGACAACAUAUUAACUCUUGCCUUGUUUUUUCUCCCUAUUUUCAACCUUGUUUUCUGUCAUAUGUCCCUUGCUUCUCUGUAUACACUGUAUAAAUUGUUUUAAAGGCAAUUUAAUGACAUUGACCUGCCUAGCUACUAAAAUAUAAUGAUGAAGAAAAUGUCAAAAUGUCCAAGAUACAACAAUGGUUUUGUGUGUGUGCACGCGUGUGCUACACAGACCUGCACGUCUGCCUUCGCCACGCGGGACCGUCUCCGUGCCCACCUGAUUCGCCAUGAGGAGAAAGUGCCGUGCCACAUCUGUGGCAAGCUCCUCUCUGCCGCCUACAUCACCGAUCACAUGAGGGUCCACAACCAAUCACAGCACCACGCCUGCCACCUGUGCAACCGCAGUGAGUGGACAUCUGUGUGCUUUUUUAAGUUUGUGACAGCAGAGGAGAAUACAUGUGUAACGGAGGUGGUUACACAGGUAUCCUUCUCUCAUUUACAUGUUUUACAUUUUAGUCAUUUAGCAGACGCUCUUAUCCAGAGCGACUUACAGUUUGUGAGUGCAUACAUUUUUCAUACUGGCCCCCCAUGGGAAUCGAACCCACAACCCUGGCAUUGCAAGCGCCAUGCUCUACCAACUGAGCUACAGGAGGCCCCGAUAUUCCUCCCCUUUCCUCAUCACUCAUAUGUCCUUCUCUUUUGUUCCUAAUCUUUUGUUCCUCACCUUUUCUUAUUUCUCAAUGCUCUCCCUCCCUCUCUCCUCCUCCCUCUCUCCCUUGUCUCCCUCCAGGCUUCACCACCCUCACCUACCUGCGUGUCCACGCUCAGAAACACCACGGCCAGGAGUGGAAGGAGAGCGGCGGGAUGCGGGGCAUGUUCGGUGGGGCCGGUGCCGGCGGGGUGCUGCUGUGCCAGCUGUGUGGGGUGCAGUGCAAGACACCCACCCAGCUCCAGGGCCACAUGGGCACCCAUGCCGCCCUCCAGGUCCAGGGCGCCCCCAGCCCCAGCAGUAGCCCCGCGGGGACCGGUACCAUGGCUGUGGCCGUGUCUCUGUCAGGCAGCUCAACCGUGGGCCUGCUGGUCACUGACUGCUCCAGCAUUGCCCCCCAGCCUCUCAGCUAG